ACUGUACAUUAAUAUCGCCGUAUAGCAGUUGUUGACAGAUCUUGGAGUUGACUGGAGAUUUACUUUCAUCCAGCUGAUUGUUAGCUUUCGACGGUAGUUUCUGAAAAAUGCCGGUUUUAAAUAUCUGAAAGCAGCCACAGUGCGAACCGUGGGGAGACUGGGAGGCUGGUUGUGGAGAAGCGUUUGAGCCAAGGUGAGAGCUACCAUGCUUUGCUGGGGAAAUGCUUCCUAUGGACAGCUCGGUCUGGGCGGGAUCGAUGAAGAGAUUGUAGUUGUGCCACGAAAAUGCGAAUUUUUUAACGGGAAGCGAGUGAGUGACGUGGGGUGUGGCCGCAGACACACGGCUUUCUUGCUGGAUGAUGGCACCGUUUACACUUGUGGCUGCAACGAUUUGGGGCAGUUAGGACACGAGAAGUCCAGGAAGAAACCAGAGCAGGUAGUGGCCUUGGAUGCCCAGAUCAUUGUGGCAUUGUCCUGUGGAGAGUCCCACACACUCGCCUUAAACGACAAAGGACAGAUUUUCUCCUGGGGGCUCGGUUCAGAUGGACAACUGGGUCUAAAUAACUUUGAAGAAUGUAUUCGAGUCCCAAGAAACAUCAAGAGUUUGUCAGAUGUACAAAUUGCCCAGGUAGCCUGCGGGUUUUGGCACUCCAUCGCACUUGCAAGAGGUGGCCAGAUCUUCUCCUGGGGCCAGAAUCGGUACAGUCAGCUGGGGCUUGGAAUAACUGGACAAAGCAUUUCCACACCUCAGAUGGUUCAGUCUCUGCAGGCCAUUCCUUUCUCUCAGAUAUCAGCAGGUGGAGCCCACAGCUUCGCUCUCACUUUCUCUGGAGCCGUGUUUGGUUGGGGCUGCAACAAGUUCGGCCAGCUGGGUGUCAAUGACACCAAUGAUCGGUGUUUCCCAACACUCCUAAAGUCCUUAAGAUCACAGAGAGUGAUCUACGUCUCCUGUGGAGAAGAUCACACAGCUGUGCUCACCAAGGAAGGAGGUGUGUUUACCUUUGGAGCCGGAGGUUAUGGUCAGCUCGGACAUAACUCCACUAACCAUGAAAUCAACCCCAGGAAGGUGUUUGAGCUCAUGGGAAAUGUAGUCACACAGAUUGCCUGUGGAAGGCAGCACACGUUGGCGUUCACACCUGCCUGUGAAAAGAUGGAUUCCUUUGGGCUGGGAGGCAACGGGCAGCUCGGUACUCGCUCCACCUGUAACAGAAAAAGUCCCGCUCCAGUCAAAGGGCCCUGGGCUACUUCCAGCACUGCAGAGGAGUACGACUCAGAGCAGAGCUGUUUUGUCAAAAGGAUUUAUGCUGGAGGAGAUCAAAGCUUCGCUCACUAUUGCACCACUAACGACCCUCAGGACAUGGACAAUGUGAGAAUACAGGAUUCCCAAAGAAAGAUCUGCACCCUGAAUGAAGAUAUUGUACAGAAAUGGUUGAAUCACUCACCAGGAAGACUCCCGGCAGAAAUCUCCAAUGAAAUCGACCUCGUGUUCUCCUCUGCAAGCUGCCUCAACGGAUCGUUUCUGUCAACAAGUCAUCCAGGUCACUUCAGCACCAGCAGUAAGUAUUCAGGGGUGGAUAUGAACAUGGCUCGCCUGCUGCUCCACAGACUAAUUCAACAAGAACGCCCAAAGAUUUCUCAGCAGGUUGCUGCCAGUCUGGAGAAAGCCCUGAUUCCCAGACUGACUAACUCUCCUCCAGACAUCGAAGCCCUGAGGCUCUACCUCACUCUGCCAGAAUGCCCACUCUUCAGCGACCGGAGCAAUUACAUCACCAUCACUAUCCCGUUUGCCAAAUGUGUCAUCAGUCUGAAAGAGGCUCCACUGAAGGUGUUGGGAAACUGGUGGUCCACAUUUGAGCCUCUGUUCUUCCAGCGUCUGGUUGAUUUGUACAAAGACGUAGUGGUGUAUCUGCUCCAGAUGCACAAGAUGGGGAUUCCCUUUGCCGAGCAGAAAAUCUUCACCUGCUUUGUGGACACCUCACUCCGGUUCCUGGAGAUUCUGCACAAGGUGAAUGAGAAAGCAGGAAGCAUCAUUCAGUACGAUAAAUUCUACAUUCAUGAGCUGGAUGACCUGAUAGACAUCAGAAAUGACUACGUCACAUGGAUUCAGAGGCAGAUGUACCCAGUGGGGCGUGACGGCGUGGUGACUCUCUGCAAGUAUCCCUUCGUCUUUGAUGCUCAGGCAAAAACAGCGCUGCUUCAGACAGAUGCUGUUAUUCAGAUGCAGAUGGCAGUGGAUCAGGCGCAGCUGCAAAACUUCAGCUCCAUGUUCCUGCCAGCUGUUGAAUCUGUGAACCCCUGUCUGAUCCUCAUUGUUCGAAGGGAAAACAUCGUUGGAGACACCAUGGAGGUUCUCAGGAAAUCCAAGAACGUUGACUACAAGAAACCACUAAAGGUGAUCUUUGUGGGAGAAGAUGCAGUUGAUGCUGGAGGUGUCAGAAAAGAGUUCUUCCUCCUGAUCAUGAAAGAGCUGCUGAAUCCCAAAUAUGGGAUGUUUCGCUACUACGAGGAGUCCAGGCUUAUCUGGUUUUCACACAAGACCUUUGAGGACUUUGACUUGUUUAACCUCAUCGGGGUCAUCUGUGGUCUGGCCAUCUACAAUUUCACCAUUGUGGAGCUCAACUUCCCUCUGGCACUCUACAAAAAACUUCUGAGGCGGAAACCAACGCUAGAAGACCUGAAAGAGCUAACGCCAGACGUGGGAAGAAGUCUGCAGGAACUGCUUGACUACACAGAGGAUGACAUUGAAGACACCUUCUGUUUGAAUUUUACUAUCACAGAGGAUAACUACGGAGCCACAGAAGUCUUGGAGUUGGUACCAAACGGUGAAAACAUUUAUGUCAAUAAGUCAAACCGGCAGGACUUUGUCGACGCCUACGUCAACUACGUUUUCAACACCUCAGUAGCUCCUCUGUUUGAGGGGUUCUCUGCAGGCUUCCACAAGGUGUGCGGUGGAAGGGUUUUAGAUCUGUUCCAGCCGAGUGAACUGCAAGCUAUGAUCAUUGGCAACACCAACUAUGACUGGACAGAGCUGGAAAAGAGUACUGAAUAUAAAGGAGAAUACUGGGCUGAACAUCCAACCAUAAAGCUUUUCUGGGAGGUCUUCCACGGUCUUCCGUUGGAGAAGAAAAAGCUGUUUCUCUUGUUCCUCACAGGAAGCGACCGCAUCCCCAUCUUGGGCAUGAAAAGCCUGAAGCUGGUGAUCCAGCCAACCGGUGGAGGGGAGCAUUACUUGCCUGUAGCCCACACCUGCUUCAACCUCCUGGACCUUCCCAAGUACACAAGUAUAGAAACACUCAGAGAGAAGCUUUUACAUGCGAUAGAUCACAAUCAAGGCUUUAACCUCGCCUGAUGCAAGAAAACGACUUAAGCUUGGCCUGUUGAUGGCAAACACAUUCCCAAAUGUUGUUUUACAAGCUUCCUAGGACUGCACCUCGUUGGAAAGAGGAAACCGAUUUUCCAAAUUCAGUUCAUGUCAUCAUAGUAUUUCGAUGUUCUGAUCCCGAUAUAUGGUAAUGUAGAUAUGCUUUUAUUCAUGUUUGGAUAAUACAAGUAUGAUGAGGCUAAAUAAAUAAACUCUUCAUCACAAACAGAACUCUUGUAAGAUGCAGUGAAACAGCAGCACUGCUCUUGGAAGCUUAAAGGUUUAACGUUUCAGUUGAAAUGUUUCAAACUAGCAUCAAAGCGGGAAAGCGAUCUCGUCCAUAAAUGCAAAGGUACACGAAGAGGUAAUCUGAUCCCAGAGUUUGUAUUGUUUUUAGGUCUGUUGCUCCAUUUUACAGGAGUUGUGUUCAGCAGAUGGUUGAGUCCAGACCAUGUAAACAUGCUGAUGGUGGUGGCUGACUUCAUUGCCAUGGCUGUAUGCCUUAAGUGAUCCACAAUAAAUUAAAGAUAAAGUACAGCCAAUUAAAAAAAAUAAAAUCCUUUGAGGUGG